CGCUCCGGCUGGCGGCGCUUAAUUGCGCGCGGUUUAUAAUAACGCGCUCCCCAGUUAUUUCUUUCUCCACUCCUUCUCACCUUUUUAUGUGUGUUCGUGUGUUUACUUUUCUCGUGCCGCUUAAGAAGCGUUUGCGGAAGACGCGAUCCCACGCGUGGGCCAACGCAUGUUCUGGCAUGGAUCUCGACUGGCACGAGAGAAACCCUUGGCGGACGAAGCGCGUCUAACCUUGCACCGGCGCUGCUGGCGACACACGUGCGGACAAGCGAUGCACCUGGUAAAAUUUGCUGUGCGCAUCGACUCUCUUGAGACGGCAUUCAUCGCACCUUGGCUGCUGCUGACGAGGGGCUGCGGAAGUUCGUGGCCAAACCAGUCGCAUCUUACCGGAGCCAGCCGCAUCUUUCAUCAAGCGCCACUGUAGACGAAUAACUUAUAACGCGGCCGAAAUCAAGCACUGCGUCGCAUUGGAAGCAGCGGCGGCAUCGAGGGAACAUCGCCUAAAUCAGUGCCUGCUUUUUCGCAGACGCUAGUUCAGCGCUACCUGGCGAUCCAACAGAUGAGGCCAUGCUGAAGAAUUCUAACGGUAAAGUCUGCAGCCGCGCAAGAGAAUACAACUCCCAUGAGAAUGGACUCAGCUGCAGAGAAGCUGGCCUCGGGUACAGAGCGCAGGAAACGAAAGCGGCGAAGUUCAGAUGAUGCUCCUUUGACCGAUUUCGUUAAGUCUUGCAGUUGGAUAGCGGAGGCGAGCGACCAAAUCGUGCGGGUGGCCCUGGACGCGGGCCACCUAGAACCCGGACCGGCCAGCGACCGAGAGGUGCUCGAAAACAACCGCGGAGCACGGGCUGCAGCCGCCGACGUCCUGGCGGCCGCCUCUGUGGCCGGUGCCACCCCGCCUUCGCCCAUGGGAGUCCGCUGCUCGGUGCCACACGCCAGGCUCGUCCAGUUCCGUGGCCAACCAGUGUGGCUACCCGCCAACGCGCGAGCGCAGAUCGGUGACGUACGCGACCUGGGACCGUUCCUCACAGGUUCAUACGACUUUGUCUUACUCGACCCGCCCUGGGAGAAUAAGUCGGCUCGGCGAAAGCGCACCUACUCCACGCUCCCGCGCGACGAGCUGCUGUCGGCGCUGCCGCUGCCCCGACUGGCAUCCCCGCGAGGCUGCCUGGUGGCCGUGUGGUGCACCGCCAACGGGGGACACCUGCGGUUCGUGGCGCGCGAGCUGCUGCCGUCGUGGGGCCUGACGUACUUGGCCACGUGGUACUGGGUGAAGGUAACCAAGCACGGCGAGCCGGUUCGACCGUUCGACUGCCCGCACAAGAAGCCCUACGAGUUCGUGGUAUUCGGCGGCCCGCCGUCGGUGUCCAUCCCUCGAGACAAGGUGUUCGUUUCGGUGCCGUCCUGCGUGCACUCGCACAAGCCGCCGCUUUCGGAGCUCGUGCGACCCUUCCUGAAAGACGACGCAAAGUGCAUGGAGGUGUUCGCCAGGUACCUCGUGCCUGGAUGGACGAGCGUCGGCAACGAGGUAGCGCUCAAGUUGCAGCACGAAAGCAUUUACGAGCCUGCAAGUUUAGAAUCGCCGCAUUCUUGAUGCUUGUGUCCAAAAAUGCGACAAAGGGUACAUGUUCUCACAUGUUCAGUCUGUGAAUGUUCUCGCCAUUCUUUUUUCGCCGAAGAGUAAACCACUCUUCGAAACCGCUCUUCACGUUGCGUGCAGCUGGUUCAUUUCCUCCAUAUUUUACACCCGCAUUUGCCUGCAGAAGUGCUCGAUGUGUGCAUUUGCUAGCCAAAUGAUAGCCGAUGCCAACCAAGUGUUCGAUUUUCGUUUCGUGCGUGAAUGUGCAAGCGCACCCUAGACAGUGGCGCAGAAACGCCAUAUUUCCACGUAGCCGUAACGGCGAACAGGCUGAAACGGCUGAAACUGGGAAUAAACUAAAUUUUCUUGGGCGAACUUGUGCUUCUAAAAUAAAGUUCGGCGGCAUGCAGCGACAGGUGCGGUCGUCGAAUCGAGUGCCUCUGUUUGCGUCUGGCCGCUUUUGUGCAAGGUUUACCUAAUCUUAUAUAUGCGCUCGUGAUGAUUAAUUCUAAAAUGUGCCACAAUGAUUUGCUAUAACGUGCCUACAAGCGACAGGCCCGUCUUUCCGGAAUGAACGACAACGUUCAAAAUCAUGCUUUUAUCUGAUUUUCUUGGUGCAAGUGGCUGGCUAGUCCACUUGCACCAAGAAAAGCGAACCUGCAAAAUUUAGACAAUAUGAUUAUAUGCACCACCCAGAGGGGGCGGGGGGUGCAUAUAACUUGCUCUAUGUAGCGGGUUGGAUCCCGGCCGCAUUUCGAAGGGGCGAACUGCAAGAACUCUCGUGUACAUAGAUUUAGGUGCACGUUAAGGAGUUCCGGGUGAUCGAAAUUAAUGCGGAGUCUUCCACUGCAGCAUUGACACCUAAAACCACAAUUUAUUUUAGGCGUAUAUGUAGUCGUGAGCGCUAUAGGGAUAUACGCGAUCAAGCCCAGACGGCAUAUAGGUGUACUGGAGUUGCGAAGCGAAAGUGCCGUUGUUGCACAAGGAGCUGUUUAUGCAAAACCAAUAGACCAGUCCCUUAGUGCCGGCCUUAAUAUAUUAGGUGAAUAGUUUAAGACCUAACAGAAAACAAAGCCGGCGCUUCUGUUGCCAUUUUUUAAUGCAAAAGAGCGGUAGUUGCCUGUGAUUGUUAAAAUGUGACCUGUAUAUGAGUAAUCGUGUUCACAGUGUACGCUUGCGUUAUCAGCCGUAUAGGAGCACCCAGUGCGUCGGAACGGAACUAAGACAAAAAUGAUUAAAAAAAAACGAUAUUUUUGACCGGAACAAAAACGUGACCGAAACGUGAUUUAUUCUUUCGUUUCGGAGUGAAACCGAAAUAUUUUUUUAUCGGUUUUCGGUUCAACUGGGAAGUCGGCAGUCCGAAACAACCGACGUCAGGCAACAUCAGCAUAGCGCAUAUCUCUGGCAGGGAUAGUGCCAGCGAUAGCCGGUCGAGGGCUCCACUAAUCUAAGCCUGUCGCUUGGUGCACUAUCAGAUCGGCAUCGUGGCAAACCCAGGGAUUGCGCGCUGAAGAGAUUAUCGUUUCGUUUUCUAUGAGUACAACGCUUUGUUACCUUGACUCAAGACACUGAGCAUCAUUUCCGAAUUCAAUUAUUGAGAACAAUAAACACUGUGUUUUUAUCGUUA